CAUCAGGUCAUCUCUAGAAGGCCUGCGACAACAGUCAGGUAAUCCCGUGCGCCCAUCGGCCAGCACAGCAUCUCCCCCUCCUCUUCCUCCAACCCACCCGCCGCAGCUCCAGCACGACCGGGUUGCUUGUCUAUCACAAGCGGCUUCUGGUGGGCUGUUUCUCCAUCCGUUCCACUCUGUUUUAUCCCAUUUGCUGUCGCCUGUCUGGCCGCAAUUUUCCCAUCUCGCUUCCGCUUUCAAGCCACUCCUUUUUCAUAACAUCCCUAAUUCCUCCGCGACAACGCGGGCUCGCAGGUGGCGCCUUAUCACACACACCCUCUGCUCCUCCCCAACAGACCACGGGCAGGUCCCAUUUUCCACUUCUCGACCAUCGACGGACCGGCUUUCCAGAUCGUGUAACAACAUUUUGCUCUCGACGCUCCUUUUUUUCUUUUCGUUUUUUUCUUCUGCUUUUCUAUUUUCUCUUCAGUCCUCGCGAGGGCAGACGACGCCGUCUUCGUUUCAGCGAAAUUGACGCCCGUCCCAACCCGCCCUCGAUCUCUUACCUGCCCAGCCGUCGACCGGCCGUAAUACAUCCCGACGCGACGACACUAUGUUUUGGCAUACAGUCCUCCCGGCGGGUCUCCUCUUCGCCCAGGCCUACGCCGCGUUCGAGGCGAUGGAGGUGGACGACCUGAUGGGGACCAACUUGGGGGUGCUGGAGAAGAGGCAGGAGCUUUUCCCCGGCCAUGACGGCGACGUUACCGCGACCAUCAUCACCAAGAGGCAAUCGCAGGGCGUCACCCUGAACGGCGACGGCACCAUCAACAUGACGGCGUGGGACGAGACAGUCAACAAGGCCUGCAGGGAGGCCCUCAGCAAGCUGCCCGAGUCGACGAACCCGUCGGGCACCUGCGUCUGCUACAAUUUGCCCGCCCUCAACAACGUCACGGGCACCUUCGAGGCCGACCUGAGGCUAUACCAGCUGACGGCCCCGAGCGGGGAGUUCGCCGGGAUCCCGCAGCAGAACAUCCAGGUCGGCCUGCAGUACAACGGCGCCUCCGUGUCCCCCAUCUCCCCGGCCGCCGCCGCCAGCAUGAGGAUCUCGGCCAGGCAAGACCCGGGCCCGAACGGGAACAACCUGCGGGUCCUCCAGUCGUACAUGUUUAUCGGCCAGAUCGACAAGGAAAGGAUGACGCCCGGAAUAAACAUGGCCACGCUCGAGGCGCUCGUCAUGCCGACAGUCACCCUUUCGGCCGUCAACCCGACGGGCCAGACCGUGACCACCAACGUAUCGUCCAACGAGGCAGCCUUCGUUGCCGGCGUCUUCUCCGACUCGAUCGUCAUGUCCGAGUUCUCGGUGGCCAACAUGGCCGUCGAGGAGUCGCUCCGGCAGCUGGCCAACAGCACGGUCCCCUUCGUACUCCCCGGCGUCCAACUGAUGAUCUUCCCCUUCGGUCUCAUCAUCUGCAGCAUCUGGCUCGUCGGCUUCGUCGGCGCCGUCGGCUACGGCACCCUCGCGCGCAUGGGAUUCCGCGAUCAGUACAGGCGACGCAUCGCGCUCCAGGGCAAGGGCACCAUGGCCAGGAUAUAGAAGAGAGCGGACGAUGAAGAGGGGGAAGGAUAUUGAGACAAGACUGGAGGGAGAGGGAAGAAAAAAGAAACCCCGAAAAAAACCAGAAUAAAAUAUCAACGACGUCACAAGCAUCGCAUCCCGCAGAUUCUCCACGGCUUUGGCCAGCGAUGGUCAAAUUACAUCCUCCGGACACGGCGAUCGACCGAACACGGACGCGCCGAGUGUACGAGUCGCCGCCCUCGCUUCCGGGAGGUUACGUCUAUUAACACCUGUGUUAUGGUGAGAGGUGUACUAUUCGUUUUCUAGCGGUUCCUAUACUAUGCGCGUGGAGAAGCGUGCUGUCACGGCGUUACAUGUACCAGAUGAUGAUUUCUUGCAUUUUGCUCUUUUGUUCAUUACGUUCCCCCUCAUUCGGGCCUGCUAUCUCGGUGGCAUGUCGGCAUCAGCAGUAGCGUUUCAUGAGGCCCUAUCUAGAGUGACCGAGGUUGUCGAGAUCCACCUAUGUUCCAGCAGGCAAUGAAAAGGAUCUCACUCACGAUGUACAUAUAAGUUUUUUCAUCUAGCUCGUUCCGCUUCACGCGUCACCUUUCUCCCCUUUGGCCCCGGAGUUCCGAGUCGUGGGCGAACAGCCGGUCAAGCUUUCGGUGUGCAUGUCGCGGCCUCCUGGUCAACAGGCCCUUUUGCCAGUCUCGGAUAUAUAUUACCAUCACAUCCACAGCGCUAUAACAUUUGUCAACGGCCG